CAUAGGCGAAGAAAAAUGGUACAGUGUUUUGCCCCGGACUGCAAUCAUCAGUCAGAGAGGGAGACAUGCAAAUUUUAUAGAUUUCCUAAGAGCCCUAGUGAGUUUGAACGGUGGAAAAAGCUGUUGAGACGACAAGACCGAGCUCCGGGAAGUAAUUCGCGUGUUUGUAGCUGCCAUUUCCGCGACGAAUUAAAAGUAAAUGGCCCCGAAAUCUUCAAAAGAAAUGCAGAUAAAUUCUUUCCAACCACCGAAGUACGAAAGCCGAAAAUUGCUAAAAAGGUAAAGCCAGCUCCCGAAAAUCCAAGUGGCCUAAUGUUAGUUUCAGACAUCGUUGAACAGUAUUACGCCUCUGCUGCCUCCACUUCAAGAGAAAACAACACAGAAACGCCAACUCAAGAAGUUCUGCUUCAAAUUGAAGUAGAAAAUCUAAGAAAGGAAGUAAAGGAUUUGAAAAUUAAAGGGACGUACCAGAGGGAAGUUUACUCCGUAUUAUCACUGAAAGAUGAGGUAAUUUGCAUGGAGACUGGCCUAACAAAUAAGGAUAUAUUCCUUAUCGUUGUAAAUUUUGUAAGACGGUUCUCAAAUGAUAUCGACUACUAUUAUGGCUGGAAAGUUGACAAGAUUUUGUUGGAAGAUCAAGUUUUUAUAACCCUAAUGAAAGUACGACAGAACUAUACAAACCUGCACUUGGCUGAGCUUUUUCACUGUAGCACUUCAACGAUCAGUAAUAUAAUAUUAACAUUUGUUCAUGUACUUUGCAAGCUGCUUUAUGAGGACUGUUUAAAAACUGUGCCUUCAAGGGAAAAGAACAGAACCUCUAUGCCUGAAUCAUUUUCAUUGUUUGGCCAUUGUAAAAUGAUCAUUGACUGCACUGAUAUUGAGGUUGCUGCCCCUGGCUUGAUGAGUGAACAGAAACUGAUCUAUUCAACAUACCGAGGAAUGAACUCAUUCAAGACACUGAUUGGGGUUGCACCAAAUGCUGUCAUUACUUAUGUAAGCAAACUGUUUCCUGGCUCAACAUCUGAUAAAGCCAUUGUUGAAAAAUCUGGAGUGUUACAUCAUUUUGAAGCAGGAGAUUUGAUACUGGCAGACAAGGGGUUUUUAAUAACAGAUAUUCUUCCCCCAGGUGUUUCCGUGAACAUUCCCCCAUUCUUAUAUAAUGGAAAGUUUAAUUCAAGCGAAAUAAAGCUCACAAAAACAAUUGCACGAUGCAGAAUUCACGUGGAACGAGCAAACGCAAGGCUUAAAGAUUUUAAGAUCUUAAGCUUUAUUCCACCAUACCUUCGAUGCUACUCUGAAACACUUUUAAAACUGUGUGCUGGGCUGGUCAACUUGCAAAACUCACUCAUCAGAGAAAUCAGAGACACUGUAGAUUUAACAUAAU